GUUUAAUUUUAUUGCAUCAAUUGUUCGCGGUGGACAAAUUUGGGAAAAGUGAAUAUUUAAAAAAGUGAUAGAUUGUUCAUUUAAAAAUAAGAUGUCUUAUUCCACCAGUACAAGGGAUUUAAAUGAUCUACAGAAUAGUGAUAGAUUAGUUCUAGAACAUGAGGAUACUACAAUUAAUCCGCUGGUAGAUCUACAUGUGUAUAUAGUACCACCAGAUAUAUGGCGAGAUCGAUUCAAUAAUCUUUUAAAUCAAGCUGUUUCUGAAACCAUAUCUAUAGGAAUUAUAAGAGUGCCACCAGAUACCAAAUUAAUUGAUGUACGAGAUGAAUUAAUUCGACAAUUAGAAGAUUUAGUGCCUGGAGAUUUUAUAUUUCUCCGUUCUGUAGGACGAAGUUUAACUAGAUUAAAGUCUAAACAAGAAUAUCAACUUAAAGCGAAACAUUUCCUACCUCCAGUGGCUUAUGCCCCAGAACUAUACUUGCUAGAAGCCACAGCUGAUAUUCGAGCUUCAUUAGCCAGUGAUAGCUCAUCACGAUCUCAAUCAUACAACCACUUGCCUGAUCGUGAGAGUCAAAGAGGUUUUAACACGUAUCGUGAAGGUCCAUAUGACGAUCGAUAUACACAGACUAGUGGAGCUAAUAAUUUCAACACACCUCGAGAGAAUAAUAGAGGCACCCCUUCUCUGAGAUACACUCCCCUUCCUAGAAUAGAGUCUAGAUCUAAUUCUAGGACGAACUCUCCCUCAUAUGAUCCCUAUCAAAAUAAUCCAAACAAUACACAUCAAAAUAAUCCAAACAAUCAAAAUAAACCAAACAAUCAAAAUAAUCCAAACAAUACACAUUCAUACACAAAAAAUAAAUUUUAUGAAGAACAACCACACUCAUAUGAAAGAGACACAAAGCCAAAUGAAAUACUUGCCCAAACAGACGCUUAUCAUAAAGCACCACCUAGGCGGGGUAAUUAUGACGAAAGUGACGACAGAGAUUAUAAUAAGACAUCCCCUCAUUCCUCAGAGAAACCAUGGUUUUAA